GUUCUGCCUCUCUCUCCUUAAACCCUUCGUUUAUUUUUCUCUCUCUCUAAAACCCCAGUCGGUCUCUCUCCGUCGUACCAAGCGGACAAAUCUAAAUUCGCCGACCUUUCUAUCAAUUCAACCUUGAAUCAAUCGAUUAGUACAAUUUUGUGGUUGUUAAAUGUCUGGAUUUUCUAAGCUAAAUGCGCAGAGUCCGAAGUUGUGGGUGGUGAUCGGCGUGGGCGUCGCCGGAUUGUUGAUCCUUGCGGAGGUUCAACGGCGUCGAAUCAAAGCGAAGAACGAGGUCAGAGAAGAUUUUGGAGCUUUUAUCGAACGCUUUGAGAUUCCUCCAUUUCCUCAGCCUCCUCCUCCAGCUGCUCCUCUACCGCUCUCUGGCCUUAUAUUUGCCAUUAAUGACAACUUCGAUGUAAAGGGUUAUGUAACGGGAUAUGGAAGUUCAGACUGGAAGAAGACGCAUGAUGCAGCAGGGAACACUGCUGUAGUGGUCACAACAAUGCUAAAAAAUGGUGCAGCCCUUGUGGGAAAGACAGUUAUGGAUGAGCUUGGCUGCGGGAUACUAGGCGAAAAUAAGAACUAUGGAACUCCAACCAAUCCACAAAAGCCAUCUCAUGUUCCUGGAGGUUCAUCUAGUGGAUCAGCUGUUGCUGUUGCUGCACAAAUUGUGGAUUUUUCUCUUGGUACCGAUACAGUUGGUUGUAUAAGAGUACCAGCAUCAUUUUGUGGAAUACUUGGAUUCAGACCAUCUCAUGGAAUCGUAUCAACAGUUGGUGUUUUACCAAACUCCCAAAGCUUGGACACUGUUGGGUGUUUGGCAUCUGAUCCAUCUGUUUUGCAUCGGGCUGGACAUGCUCUUCUUAGUUUAAAUCCAUUGGAGCCUAAAAGGAUACCACGCAUAAUGAUAGCAGAUGAUCUUUUCCAGAUUUCGAAUAUGUCGUUGCAUAAGAUCGUUCAUAUUAUAGGCAAAGUGACAGAGAAGUUAUCAGGCUACCAGGCACCUAAGAAUAUGAAUUUUAGCCAGUACCUUGCAUCAAAAGUGCCCAGCCUAAAAUCAUUCCAGGAAACGUCAACAAGAAGGGAAACUGGAGGAUCUGAUCUGAGAGCAUUGUCUUGUGCGAUGCAUUUUCUUCAUAGAUGGGAGUUUGAAACAAAUCAUAAAGAGUGGGUUAAAUCUAUCAAACCCAAGUUAGGCCGGGGGGUCUCUAGUGAAGUUUGGCCAGCAAUAAAAACAGCCCAAGAGAAUGUCAAAAGCUUAUAUCAAGUCAGAACGGAAAUGCGACUUGCUUUACGAAGUCUCUUACAGGAUGAUGGGUUAUUAGUAAUUCCCACGGUAGCUGAUCCUCCUCCUAAGCUGAAUUCCAAGAAAUCUUUCUCAGCAGAGUUUCUUGAUAGGAUGUAUGCUUUGUCAGGCAUUGCAAGCAUGUCCGGAGGUUGUCAGGUUGCCAUUCCAUUUGGAGAACAUGAUGGCUGUCCAAUUUCUGUGUCACUUAUAGCAUACCAUGGAAGCGACAAGCUCUUACUCGAUACUGUUUUGGAUAUGUAUUCUUCUCUGCAAGAAGAAGUCAGCAUUAUUUUUGGUCCUCCGCAAUUGCCAGAAACUAAUGGUAACAUGGGGGAUGCUGAACUACUUAAGGAAAAGGGGAAUGUUGCAUAUAAUGCAAAACAGUGGAAUAAGGCUGCCAAUCUCUAUACCGAUGCGAUAAACUUGGAUGGUCUAAAUGCAACUUACUAUUGCAAUAGGGCAGCUUCAUAUUUGAUGUUGCGAUGCUUCGAAAAAGCUGAGGAGGAUUGCACCAAGGCAUUAUCUUUGGAUAAGAGGUACGUGAAAGCCUAUUUAAGGCGAGCUAAAGCUAGGGAAGAACUUCAUAACUACACAGAGGCCCUCAAAGAUUUCAAGCUUGCUCUUGUUUUCGAACCACAGCACAAAAUUGCCACACAGGCCGUAAAGCGACUAACAAAACUGGUCAGUUGAGACUCUCCUCUGCCCCAUUUUUAUGCUCUAAUUAAGCAGAGAAAAUUUCAGGAAACAUCGAUAUAUAGUGAGACUUGGACUUCCAAUCAAAUAUUCUAUUUAUGGUUUGAGAUUUUGAGACGUGCACGUUUAUAGGCAAUGCUGAAAAUGUUGGAGGUGAGUAAACAAGAUUGAAUUUUGUCAAUGCAAAUAAUGUGAAAGUUCCAUCUUGCAAAUAAAUAUUCAGUGUGUGCACGUGUUAUAGGGUGUGUUUGUUUGGGGGUUUGGAUUUUGAGUUGGGAUUUGAAUAGUAAAAAUUUUGAAUUUGAAUAGUUGUAUGAUGUGAUAUAAAUAGGGUUUGAUGUGAUGUUUUGAAUGUAAAAUUGAUUUUUAGUAUAAUAUAAAAAAUGAAAAAUAGGUGUUUGAUUUGAUGUUUUUGGGGGGAAAAAAUUGGAUGAAUAGUGGAAAUUCACCAAAAUCCUUCAAACAAACACAUUAAUGCAAUAGUAUGUAAAUUUUGACAGCUAAGAAAACCUAUUCUUGGGGUUUUUGGAUUUUGAUAGUGUGGAUUGUGAAAAUAUUUCAAAUAAAUAUUAGUUUAUGCGUUUCAUUACAAGAU